AACAACUCGGCUGCUUCUGAGUUGUAGAUUGGUUGCCUUCCACUAGCUAGCUGGCUUUGAGCUGAUAUAUCGAAAUCUAACAACCAUGGAUAAAAAUAAUAAGCAAUAUGCAGUGACUGCUUCAUCGUUGACUUGUUUACAAUAAUUAAUAUUGUCACAUUUUCUGUCACCAGUGUGUGAACCAUAGCUAGCUCAUUAGAUAACGCCGGCAAUUUAUCUAGCCUGCACGCUAACACAUAGCAAGCUAGGAUACUGUACUAUACUAAUUUUUCUGCAGCUGGUUGAUCUCAAAGCUGAACUCGACUGGUCCUGGUAUAGUUUUGUAAUUCGUUACACUGGUCUUUAAAUGCUGUCAUAUUCUGUAUGUAAGGUUGACAUGUGAAGGCCCUGCAUAUGCCACUUGUAUUUCUCGCAUUGGAAUUACAGUCCUCUUUUCCAUUGUGUCAGAUGAGGAGACAGAGGGACUUUUCCUGGUGGAUUUCACCCAGAAGAUUAUUGACAAGAAGAGAGAGAAUCAUGCGGACCAAGACUUUCAGGGAAAAGGACGUGACCCGGCUGAAAAGGACCGACUAUCAGAGGACAUGCGUAGAGAGCUGCAGAGGCAAGUCUGGGAGAGGGAGGAGGCCAUGAACAGUCCUGUGGGACGAAUCCACUACGAGGACAUCAGGGAGCAACGUUGACAUGGCACUGGUUUCACAGAUACAUUAAUCAAACUGUAUUUACUGUACUUUUUUAACCAAACCCUGAGAGGUGUGUUCUCUGUGGAUUGACUUGUCUCUUCUCUGAUCUCUUGCCUCUUCCUCCAUCUCUCACACUGCUAUUUUUCCUCCCUCUUCUUUUACUGUCUGUCCAUGUCAGAGGCCCAUGAGCUGGAUGUGGGCUACUUUACAUUUUCUCAGGACCAGGAGCAGCGCAGGAAACAGAUACUCUGGACAUGCUCAGACACCAGACGACAGACCAGCGCAGUAAGAGGGAGCAGUUGAAGGAGAACAGGAAGGCUCUGCUGAACGCUCAGUUGACCAAGGUGAGGCAAAGGAAGAUGAAGACUAAGCUGGACGGAACACAGGACGACCAGGGAGCUGGACCCAAACAAGAAGAGGAUGAAGCCCAUGAGGAGGCCCCUGCAGUGAAGAAGUUGGAGGUAGAGAUCCAAGAGAGGAGAGACACCAAGUCAGGAGUACCCCACGUCAGGGAGUGGGACAGGGGCAAAGUGGACUUUUUUGGCAAGUGGACGAGUCGGCGGCAGGAUGAUAGGGAGUCAGAGUUCACUCCUCCCUCUGUGUACUUCAGCGACGAUAAGAGACAGGGCUACGGGAAAUGGGCCAAACGGGAGCAGGACAAACCCAAAAUGGCCUUCAUGUGGUCAGAGGGGCAGGGUGGAGGGCAUAGCUACCCCAGGCCAAGCCCAAAAGUAGUUCUUUACCCUAGCCCCAGUCAAGUGCCCCUGUACCCUCUCAACCCACAAUGCUAUUCAUUGACUACAGCUCAGCGUUCAACACCAUAGUACCCUCAAAACUCAUCAUUAAGCUAAGGAUCCUGGGACUAAAUACCUCCCUCUGCAACUGGAUCCUGGACUUCCUGACGGGCCG